AUGCCCCAGGCUGGAUAUUCCUCAGAUGACAUCACAGCAGAACUCGAUGCUAUUGAGGAUACUGAGUCCGAAUCUGGAAAUGAUGAGCAAGACAACGAGUUUGAUGCCCAGAGCGAUCUCGACACCCUGAGGAUGGUCUUGACAAUGCCUCAGCCUGACGCGCCCAUGCACGAAGUCCGCAGGGCACUAGAAGUGGCGCAACAAACAUAUACUGCUGUUCGGUCUGAGUUGCGUGCUCUCAAGAAAGACCACGCUAUGCUCCAGGCUGCUGUCCCUGCAUGCAGCCGAAACCGAGUCCUUAAGAAGACAUCAACCAUCGACAAUGACAUCGCCCGUGCGGGCAAGAUGUACGCCAUGCUCAACUACUUUUGGGUCAUGAGCGGGCUCUUUCCGACAAAACCCCAGCCAGACAUUGAUCCACGCAGCGACACACGUUGGUCUUCACCUGAAGCGAAACUCAAUGGUGCGAUGGCUGAGCUUUAUUAG